AUGAAGCAAAGCAAAGGAGACGGGGUCAGAGGCCGGGACGGCACAGAGAAGGCCCCGUGGGCCGGGGGCAGGCGCGUCCCCUCGGUGGCCGUGUGGUCCCCGCGACCCCGGCAGCGGGCAGCGCAGGGGCGCAGCGCUGGGGCUCCGCGCCCGGCCCCCGUCCGCCCCCGGCUCUCCGCCGGGCGUCUCCCCGCAGGAGGUCCCGAGUCCCGCGGAACCUGCCUCGUCGCCAUCCACUGCCUCUCCAGCCCUGGACCACUAGAAGCGGGGAUGGCAGGAGGGGAACGGGGCACCCACUCACCCGCCUCGGCCCGCCGAGCGCCGCGCCCCGGUUCCCGGAAACCUCGCUGGCGGCGCGCAGGUGGAGCGUCCGCGGGAGGCGCUGAACCUCCGGGCCCGGCUGGCGCUGCCUUGUCCAGAAGAGCUUUGAGCCUUUUUCAAAUGCAUGGGAAAAAAGAAGACUGAUUUGUGUAUCUAGCAUCAAACUCCCCCUUAUUGGGAAGUGAGCUCAAGUUAUUUCAUAUGGGAAUUCAAGAAAGAGAAGGCUCAGGAUGUUGUUCAUUCCGUGGAAAAGUAAAUAAAAGAGGAGGAGGAAAAGAGAGAAGAGGAAGGAGGAAGAUGAGGAAGAAAAUGACUCCUGACCUCAGCAAUCUUCUUUCCUGCAAAUUCAAGUUUCCACACACAUAGACUGCGUACCCAGCUUUGGAUCCAAGAUAUAAAUGCAACCAGGUUGAAAUAUGACUUUCCAAUCUAAUUCCCAGAACUCCCUUACACUAGCUUACAUCAGCCAUUGCAGUCUGGUUAGGCUUAGAAAUUCCUGUCUCCUGUCUUCAUUCACAGAAUCUCAGAGUUGGAGAAUUCAGAGGUCAUGCGGUCCAACUGUCAGCCAGAUGCUUGACUCCUCUCUAUACAACUGUUCCUUCAGUAGGGCCGGCAUCUUACUUACUUGACCUUUCACUCAUUUUUCUCAGUUGGGCUCAUAGAAUAAUUUUACAAAAAAAACACUACUUCCAGGAAAAAGAGGGAAAAGAAGAAAUAAGCACACUCUAAACUAAAAGUCAGGUUUUUCUCACUUAUUAAUUUUAUCUUAAAACAAUAUUAAAAUGCAAAUUACAAAACAUUAAGUCUACAGUGAUGCCAUUUUUGUCCCCUCCCAAAUAUGUGUGUGUAUACAUAGAAAAAAAUUCCCUACAGAAAUAUAUAAAGUUUCUAUGCAAGUAGUCAUGGGUGCUCUUUAUUUUCUACCUUUAUUUGUAUCUUCUAAUUUUUAUUCAAUUAAGGUGUAUUUUUUCUUCAA